CAACAACAUGAGGUCGAUUUCCGUGGAGCACUUCUACGGGCGCAAAGCCAAAAACGUGCCUCUGGUUUACUGAGUUUCUCAUUGAAGAUUUAAGAUAGAAAAGAACAAGGAAUAUAAUCUGGAAAGCAACAGCCGUGGAUGUUUUUCUGUUAUAAAGAUAUUAAGAUGAGCACAGACGCUGUUGAACAGACGGAAUCUCAGCAUGAACAAGCUGAUAUCGAACAAAACGGCAUUGACUUCUCCAGACAAAUAAAGACAGAGAACCUGAACGAUUCACCGCACUCUGGAUCAUCACACAAGACAUGCCACUUAACUCAGGGAUCACCAGUGCCCGGUGGGCAGCUUACUGGGGAGCUGUCCUCCCUGCACUCUCUGCCCCAGCUCGUCCUCAUGCCUGGAUCUCACUUGUCCUCCCCUUCAUCAUUUCUGCUCUCUCAGGCCCAAUCCGGACACCAAGCACUGCUGCAGCCCAAUCUGCUUUCCUUGCCACCUCAGUCUCAAACAGGACUCCUACCACACCAGCCCGGACUAGCACUCACUCCUCAGGUGAUGGGCAGGACCGGGCUGGCUGGCUCUUCUAUGGAUGGACAUCUGGACAUGUCCCACCUACAGGUCCCUAAACAUAUGGGUUCACAGCAGGACAAGCCCAGUGACCUGGAGGAACUGGAGCAGUUUGCUAAAGCCUUCAAACAGAGGCGCAUCAAACUAGGCUUUACUCAGGGUGACGUGGGUCUGGCAAUGGGAAAACUGUAUGGAAAUGACUUCAGUCAGACUACCAUCUCACGCUUUGAGGCACUCAACCUGAGUUUUAAAAACAUGUGCAAGCUCAAGCCCUUGCUGGAAAAGUGGCUGAGUGAUGCAGAGAACUCUCCAUCUGAUUCAAUGACCGGCCCCACCACCUUACCGCCGCUUAUGGAGGGUUAUGGGAGAAAGAGGAAAAAGAGAACAAGCAUCGAAACUAACAUCAAGCUUACACUAGAGAAACGCUUCUUAGAUAACUCGAAGCCAAACUCUGAAGAGAUCACACUCAUCUCAGAACAGCUGGGCAUGGAGAAGGAAGUGGUGCGGGUUUGGUUCUGCAACCGGAGACAGAAGGAGAAGAGGAUAUACUGUCCAGUCUCCACGUCACCUAUGAAGUCUCAUAACUACAACCCUCGCCUGCCUUCAACUUCCAGAUCAUUUAGUCCACUUGCUUCUGGAGGUGUGUCUUCAAGCUCCUCCCCCGGCAGCCCAGGUCGAGGCUCCUCCCCCAACACUCUGUCCACCACAUCCUGUCCACUGACAUCACAGGGGGUCAACCAGACUUUCAACUCCACAGGAUCCUGGUAUCGCUGGAACACCGCAUCAUACCACCACUGAGCAACGCCGAAGACUAAAGUCCUGAGGCAACAGUCUCUGACUUCAUAACUCACCAAACCAGAGAGUUCUCUGUAAUAGAAGGGGAAAAUAUAUUUUGAAUUGUUUACAACCUGCACUAAACGUGGAGGCAAAACACAGAGAACCACUGCUAAAGUUCAAAGGGCUUGUGAAUAGAGCUACAAUGUUUAUUACCAAAGGGAAAAAAGCACUAUGCAAUGGCACAUUGUUUAGAUAUGCAAUCUUACUACGAAGAAAAUUACUGCAUUAAUGCAGAACUUUUAAUGGGUUUUUUGCAUUCUGCUUUCAUAUGUGUGCCAAUAUUGUUGGAAAUGAAGGUUUAAAUCUGGCCAAUUGUAUUGAGAAUGAUGUGAAAACCUGCACACCAAAAAUAACCUUUUUAAGACCAUUGAUAUUUGUAUGCAUUGUUUACAUAUUGCUUUAUUAGAAACAUUUGUCAUUAUUAUUUUCAACAAUGCGUAAUGCGAUAAUUUUGUGAUGAAGGUGUAAAUGACUAUUUUAGAUACUAGUAUGCAGCAAUAUUCUUGUCAGUUCUUGGCCCUGGUCGAGGUCAAGACUGAAACAGCUGGCUGUAAUGUGUGCAGUCAUUUUGAAGCAACAUAUAGGAACCUUUUCUGGUAAAGUUAAACAGGCCUAUACAGUUUACAAUUUUUAGUAUAUAUUAAGCAAGCACCUAGUUUUGUGUUUGUAAACUUUUUUAAGGAUUUCAAGCAGGGACACAUUUUUGUAUAUGCCUGGCAUGGAAAAUUAGCAUUACACAAUUUAACAUUUCACAAUUUUUGCAACGUUGUCCAAAGCAUUUGAAGUUUCUUGAAUUUUUUGCUUUUAUUUCUAAUUACUAAUAUUAUCCAAAUAUUGUUUGUUUGUUUGUUCUUUGCUUUUUUUAAUGUGAAUAACACUGUUGUAUAUUUCAGAGCUGGAAAAUGUUUUUCACUGUUUGAUUGUUAUUAAAAAUGAG